UGGCAGUGCACCGAUUGUUCAAGUAAGUCCCAAGAGUCUCAAUGUGAUGGAAGGCGAGGCGGCUGAACUACAGUGUACGGCGUCUGGCGACCCUCCGCCAACCUUUACUUGGAGUAGAGUGGAAGGAGAUAUCCCAGAAUCAUCCACAAAAAUUGAUGGCGUCUUAAGAAUUGAUUCAUUGAGCAUUAACGAUAGCGGAACGUAUGUCUGUACAGCGGCUAAUCGUUUUGGCGCAGUCGCAGAAAAUGCUGUUGUGACUGUAGAGAAAGACAGUUCCACGCCGCCGUCUGCUUCCGUGAAUCCAGACGAAAUCACAYUGAAAGAAGGCCAGACCGCAACAAUAACUUGUGAAAUUGAUGGGAACCCUUUACCGAGCGUGAGCUGGAACCGACUGGGCGGAUUCUUAAAUGACAACCACGUGAUUAGURAUAAUCAGCUUAUGAUAGUUAACAUUACUGAAGAGGACGAAGGCCCGUAUGUGUGUAUUGCGCAAAAUCGUAAAGGAGUGCAACAAGCUACUUCUAUYGUACGAGUUGAGAAAAAUAUCAUGCCAAAAAUUGAGAUCAUGCCGUCUUCCAAYCAAACUGUCAUCGGCGGAGACUCAGURGUKUUCAGAUGUAUGGURAAGGAAGGAUUACCAUUACCUUCCAUUGAAUGGAUGGAUGGACAGAAYAAGACCUUGAAUAGAUCUACUGCGGAAGUCAAGAACGAUAUGCUGAUGAUAUCACGUGCUUCCGGUCAAGACGAAGGCCGCUAUGUAUGCCGGGCUAACAAUUCGAUGGGGUAUGCAUUCGCAGAAGCAGUUCUAACUGUACAGGCCGAACCACGUGUUGUGGUCACACCCUCGAGUCCAUACCUCGUGUCUGUUCACAGUCAGGUAUCCCUAGUGUGCACAUCGUCUGGCGAUCCACAACCUACCGUGMGAUGGAUAGCACCAGACUCURGCAAUACAACUCACAAACCAAAUGAAAUUGAGCCAGGCGUUUGGCAGUUGGUMAUAGAAGAGAUAACAAUGGAUGAUCARGGGAGUUAUAAAUGUAUYGCYAGUAGUGUUGCUGGGAGAGCAGAGGCUUCGUUGRACCUAGUUGGUAUGUCAUUUGUAUACUUGGGUAGGAAGUUCAUGGCUAAAUCUUGCUUUAUUUCAAUUCUUAAUCGUCUUCCAUGUUUAGUUACACCUCUAGUCAAAGAACCACCACAGGUAAAGGUCAGCCCCUCUAAUCUAACUACCUCUGAAGGGCAAAAAGUAUUCUUUCAAUGCAACGUUUCUGGCAUCCCCUCCCCCGGUGYGUCGUGGACAAAGAAAGAUGGACCCCUUCCUGAAACUGCUGUUCAAUCAGUACCUGGGAUUCUAAGGAUAGAUUCAGCGAGUGCAARUGAUCAAGGAGUGUAUAUCUGUACUGCUACAAACAGUGAAGGAUCAGCGUCUGGUUCCGUUAGGCUUAACGUAAUGGUACCCCCAAAGUUAUCUAUCACCCCACGGCAUCUAACAGUCGAACAAGGACAAUCUAUUCGUCUAUAUUGUGUGUCAUCCCCACCCCUCCCCGUCACGUGGACAAGAGUCAAUGGAUCUAUUGCAAAGAGGGCUGUCAUGGACGAUGGAGUUCUUAUUGUUGACGAGACUAAUAUCGAAGACACUGGRAAAUACCGCUGCCAAGCAAGCAAUAGCGCUGGCGCAAGUGAUGCUGUCGUUAUGGUUACGGUGUUUGUUGCUCCAAAGGUCAAAGUAUCACCACCUGAACACGUGGGUAGUCUCGGAUCCAACGUGACAUUCACGUGUCUUGCCACAGGRAUCCCAACACCCGUGAUUACCUGGACUAAACAAGUUGGGUUCUUACCCAAGACCCAUGUCGUUGAGAAUGGCAGCUUAACYAUGUUUGCCCUGUCAGGGGACGAUCAAGGCAGUUAUAUUUGUACGGCUACAAACGCUGCAGGUCGCAAUUUUUUUGUUGCUACAUUGAGAAUUGAAGAACUACCAAGUGUCUCAAUUAUUGGAGGUACAUCGGUCAAAACAGUUCCCGUGGGGGGUAACCUGACAUUGGAAUGYCAUGGCACAGGAAUCCCGCAACCRUCUGUUAUAUGGGGCCGAAUCAACAGAGAUCUUCCUGACGAKGUUGUWGUAAAGGGACAGAAGUUGUAUAUUGUCAAUGCAAAGCCUUCAUUUGGCGGGACUUAUAGAUGUAGUGUUGCAAACCGAGUUGGUUCMGUUCAGUCUCAGAUUGUCAUCUUUAUUCAAGACGCACCUCAAGUAACAAUUACACCCAAAGUACGCAAGGUCAAACUGCGUGAAACCGCUGAAUUCACCUGUAUUGUAAGCGGAUCUCCAGCACCGGAAGUGUCUUGGCAUCGCUUGAACAAAUCACUUCCUGUUCGUCAUUCUGUCAAGGAAGGCAAGCUUAUYAUUUCCAACGUCACAGAAGAUGACAUUGGCAUAUAUAUCUGUCGAGCGAGUAACUUGCAAGGUAUCUCGGAAUCUUCUGCAUCAAUUGCAUUAAAAGGCGUCAUCCCUCGCUUCAAUCAAAAUCCAACAUCAUACAUGACUCUCCCUACACUAACCAAAGAACCACUAAACUUCACGGUUGAAAUCUUCUUCUCUCCCGAAAUUGCCGACGGACUAAUAUUCUACAACGAUCAACACGUAAACGACUCUGUUGGUGAUUUUAUCUCGUUUGGAAUGUCAGCCGGGUACGCUGAGUUUAGAUUUGACUUAGGCUCACGUGGUCCAGCGGUAAUCCGUAGUAAAUACCGAUUAAGUCUGUACCGCUGGUAUGUGAUCAAACUCACUCGAAGCGACAACGAGGGGACGCUACAAGUCAACGAAGACGCGAGACGGACAGGAACUUCUAAAGGAGAAACAUCGCAGUUGAAUCUAAAUGAACCGUUUUACGUUGGAGGCGUUGCGAACUUUAGCAUCAUUAGUGAUUUGGCGGGUUUUAGUAAAGGGUUUAUCGGCUGUGUUAGUUAUAUCAAAGUGGAUGGGAAACAUCUUGACCUUAAAAAUCCAAGUGAACAAGUUGGUGUUACCGACUGUGAACCAUGCGUCAACAAUCCCUGCCGGAACGGUGGUCAGUGCCUCGACACUUUGGUUUCCCCCGGUUUUGUGUGUCAAUGUCGACCAGGAUUCUCUGGACGGACUUGCGAGGUUUAUGGCAAUGGCUGUUACCCAGAAGCCUGCGAGAACGGUCGAUGCGUGAAUUUGGACGUUGGAGGAUAUAAGUGUGUUUGUGCCGUGGGGUAUACCGGUGAGAGAUGUGAGAAAGGAGCCAAAAUAGAAACUCCAAUGUUCGAAGGCACAUCCUACAUGGCAUACCCAAGCAUCCAAGGGGCUCUAAUGGACGUCAAACUGAGCAUGCGCUUUAUGGUUCAUGAGAAUCGCAACAUGUUACUGCUUUACAAUGGUCAAAAUAACUUCCCAUCUCAAGGAGACUACCUCUCUAUUKCCAUCAUUGACGGCAAAGYYGAGUUCCGAUUCAAUUUAGGAAAGGGUCCAGCSGUYAUMCGAAGCAAAACAAACAUUACURUAGGWAAAUGGCAUAAUGUUGUYGUUGAACGAGACAAAAGAGAUGGCUCAUUGACUCUUGAUUCUGAGCCUGCAGUCAAAGAUCAAGCYCCUUGUUGUAGCAUAGGCUUGAACGUCGCCAUGCCGCUGUACAUCGGAGGGGUCUCGAACCUCUCUAAUAUCGACUCGGWAAAACUCGGCAUUGAUUCGGGAUUCUUCGGRUGCGUUUCGGAUGUUUCCGUUGACGAUAGUGAAAUUGAUCUAGUGAAUACAUAUCUUGAAAUGCGUAAUGUGAGGCAAUGCAAGGACUGUCUUGAACCAUGCCAAGUAGGACCAUGUACUAACAAUGGUACCUGCGUACCGCAAGGACUGACGGGAUACUAUUGUGUUUGCGCGCAAGGUUUUACUGGGAAAAAUUGUGAGUUUCAUUUAGUUGGACCUGGGAAGAACCGGACAUGUCUAAAUGGGGGAUUACCCUUCCCCCCGUCGGGAAGAGUUUGUGAGUGUCCUUUGGGAUUUGGAGAUGAGCGAUGUGGGAGUGUUGUGCAGCUAGGGGAUACGGCAUCGUUCKCAGGGGAUGGAUAYAUUCAGUACCCUAAAUCUGUCAUGAACAGGAUYCUUGGUAAGUUGGAGACAAUCACCCUGAAUAUCAAGACCAAGUCAAACAAUGGACUCAUUUAUUGGCAAGGCCAGAAAAUUGGCGCUUCCAGAGGAGACUACCUUGUUAUUGGGCUUGACAAUGGUUAUCUGCAAUUUCGGUACAAUUUAGGGGCUGGGUCAGCUAUAAUUAAGUCUMGGCGCCCAGUGAACGAUGGUGUAUGGCAUUACGUCAAGAUAUACAGGCAAAGUCAAAAGGGUUCGUUGCUCGUCGAYAAAGACGAAAUAGUCAAUGGCACUUCUCCUCAAGGAGCAAGAAGCCUUAACAGCCCAGGACCAAUAUUCAUUGGCGGUGGUCCUGACAUCGAGAGUCUGACRUACGGCGUAUACUCCUAUAACUACAACGGUUGUAUUGGUGGUGUAUACCUGCAAUCCAGAGCUUUAAAACUACAAAGCGAUGCAGUCAAAGGCUUUAACGUACUACCUUGCAAUAAUGGAGAAAAAGACACAUAAUACAAUCCACCACACAAUCCACUGGAAAAAAAUCGCGCGCUUUAAAGGUUGUAAAU